AUGAAAGCAAGCCUUCAUCUUGUUCAAUCUUCACGGGCUAUUGUUGCUCAACACCAAUUUUUGGAUCAGGAAUUAUUAAAUGUUAGCUCAUCCUCGGGAACAAGAAAUAUGUUGGAUGUCCUAAAUGGAGUCAAGCAUGGAGGAAAGGAGAUUUUUUUGAUGGUGAAUGAAUCAUUCGUCGUGCAAGGAUUGGUAUCGGAACGAGUUUAUAAAUUAUUAUCAAAUGAUAGCCGUUUAUCAAAUUCAGAAAUUAAUUUUGCAGUACAAGAGGAAUUUAUUAGAAAUUUUAUGAAGGAUAAAUUGAGUUUCCGGUUUCCAGUGUCUAUAGAAAUUAGAAUGGUUGAAAAGUCAUCAAUACCUAUUCUCGAACAAGUGAUUGUACAACCACUUACAUCGGAAAAUGUGAACGCUUCAUUUAUUCGAGAGUGGAUUGAGGAGAAUGAAUUUGAUUUUCCAUCACUUGUUAAAAAACAGGUAUCAACUUUGUCCACAAGAUUCCAUAUUUUCUCUAUCACUGAUGACAUUAACAUUGAUUUUCAAAUUGUAGACACAAAAUUGCAACGUCAAGGUAUUAUUGACAGCGAACGUACAAAAUUUAUCAUCCUCACUGAGCCUGGUGUGGCACUUCACCGAAAACUUCACACAUUAUCAGGGCUACAAGACAUAAUGCUAGACAAUAUUGAUGACUCUUUCGAUGAUAUUCUUACCUCAGAUUUUAUUUGUAACAAAACUGAAAAGUCUGUAGAAAUUGAACAAGUUCAUCAUGUCACAACAAACAUUUUAUUAAGUAUUUUGAAAAAUCAUUCACCAAAUUACGAUGUCAAUUCUAAAGAAGAUCCUCACUCCAUGCUUCUAGUUAGUGCUAAUUAUUUUGCAAAAUUGAAUUGUAUGGACAAAAUAUGGGGAAGGGUUAACUCCUCACAUUCGGUUCUCAUAACACUUGUUCAUGGAGAAGAUUUACCCUAUGAAGGGGCAAUCAUGACCAACGCGUUAUAUUUUAAUCUUGGAAGACCCAACAAGAUACAACUUACUUCAAAUAUUGAUGCACCAAAGACUGCUUCAAAGGUUAUUCUAACACCAGUUCAAAGUCCAAAUCAUUUUGGAACCACACUCAUUUCUGGUACAGAAGAGGAACAACGAAUUGAACAACGGCUUUUUGAAAAACAACUUGAUAUUUAUUUUUCAUCAAAAUCAAGAGUGUUACGAAAGCAUGAGAUCAUUAUGGUAAAUAAUCCUACCAUCUCAUUUAUCAAAUCUGACGACUCGAUGCAAGUUCAAGUGCUUGCACAAUUAGAAACAGUCAAGAGAAUUGAUCCCUUGCAUGCAGACUAUACCUGCUAUAGAGUGGAUAGCGUAGAAGUUGACACUGAGGAAUGCAAUGAUUCAGUGUUUGUAUCUCCUUCCGAAACAACUCUAAUAACAAAUGCCCAACCAUUGAGAGGUUAUAUUCCUGCAGAAAUACCAUUAACAGAUUACUAUGAAUUGAAUGUUACAAAACAACUUUCGCGAUUCAUUGAACCAAUCAUUUCUAUUUACAAGCAAUUCCCUCAAGGCAAUUCAGCACAAAAGAGUCUAGUACAACAGCAUUUUCUAUUGUAUGGAGAGGAGGGAUCCGGUAAAACCAUUGCCGUUCAUUCUGUUUGUGCCAAGUAUGGAUUUCAUUUACUUGAAAUUAAUGCAUUCGAAAUUAUUAACGAAUCUGACUCGAUAACAGCUCAAAAUCUCUCGCAAUGUUUCACUCUUGCAAGACAAUGCACUCCAUGUAUUCUCUAUGUGAAACACUUUGAAGCGUUUGAUCAGCUAAGUAAUAGCAGUAGUGGAGGUGGAGCUAGUGUGAAGCAACAUUCAAAAAUUAGAAUUGUCAAGUGCCUGAAACAAUGCCUCAAGCCCAAGAAUAAUUCUUUUCCAUUGAUUUUCAUUCCUAGUGUUUCCUCAUUGGACUUAUUGAGUCCUGUUUUUAAGAAUUUAUUCCUUACUAAAAUUGAGGCAAGGAAAAACUUGAACGAAGAAGCAAGAGAACAAUUCAUCCAAAAAGCAGCAAACAUGUCACAAGGCAGUAUUUGCAACAUUGAUAUUUCUGCAUCUCAGAUUGUCAAGCUCACCAGCGGAUGCUCCAUUUAUGAUCUCAACAAAAUUAUUCAAAUUUCCAAAUCACAAGCAAUUACUGAAUCCAUGAACACUCAAAACGAGCUCCGAAAAGACAAUGGAAACUCUUCAUCUCAUCCUCACGUAUAUUUAUCCACUCUUUCACACAAGCACAUUGUUCAAGGAGGACUUAAAUGGCAUAAAAAGUAUGCUGCCUCCGUAAGUGGCAGUAAUGUCAGCAGUACGACCAAUGUGUCCAUUCCCACCGUGAAUUGGCAAGAUAUUGGUGGUUUAGAACAUGCUAAACAAGAAAUUUUGGACAUCAUUCAAUCACCAAUUCAAUCUCAUAAUUUGAAAUCAAGAAGUGGUGUGUUGUUAUAUGGACCUCCUGGCUGUGGUAAAACUUUACUUGCAAAGGCUGUAGCGACGGAAUGUCAACUGAAUUUUAUGAGCGUGAAAGGCCCCGAGUUGAUUAAUAUGUAUGUCGGAGAAAGUGAACGAAACGUGAGACUCGUUUUUGAAAAAGCUCGACAAUGUAAGCCAUGCGUGAUUUUCUUUGAUGAAUUAGAUGCCUUGGCUCCCAACAGAGGAGCGAGUGGUGACUCUGGAGGUGUGAUGGAUCGAGUUGUUUCUCAGUUACUUGCUGAGUUGGAUGAUAUUGGUAGCGCCGAUGGAGACGAAGAAAGUGACACAUCCAAUAAGGGAGUGUUUGUCAUUGGUGCAACAAACAGACCUGACCUGAUUGAUCCUGCAUUAUUAAGGCCUGGUAGAUUCGAACGUUUGGUUUAUCUUGGCGUUUCAAAAUCUCGUGAGGAACAGCUCAAAGUAUUGAAAGCUCUCACCAGAAAAUUUAGUCUGAAAGAUAAUGUUGACUUUGAAAAGUUGUUGGAGCAAAGUGGAUUCAAUCUAACAGGAGCUGAUUUUUAUGCAAUUUGUACAGACGCCUUUAUGAACGCUGUCAGUAGAGCUACAUCUCAGGGCGAUAUUUCACAAAAGCAGUCACACCAGAUCGUUGUAUGUCAUGAAGAUUUCGAAAAAGCGUUCAAGAACAUUACACCAUCUGUUUCUGUAGCGGAUUUGGAGAGAUAUGAGUCAUUGCAAGGAACAUUUAAAAAAUAA